CAUAUGAUAUUUAUAUUGAGCUUUUGAAUAAAUAACACUGAAAAUACUGUUUAAUUUACGUUACGUUAGGUAUGUCGGUCAAAUUACUCAACUUAUUUGUUAAUACAAUCAGACAGAAUCUGCCGAAAUACUCUAAAUCAGUUGCAGGAUUUGCUCUCAAUCAGUUGAGGUUUUCUACUGCAAUGGAUGUGGCUGAUAUUGAGAAGAAAGAGGAGAUAAUUGGACACAAAAAUGCAACUCGGUACAAAAAACGUUUUAUGAAGCGACAGUGGGAAGACCUGAAAAAAGUGGAUGGGGAAUCAGAUGAAAAACGAGAGAAAGUGGACAGAAUCAAGAGGAAAAAGGUGGCAAUGUUACUGGGCUAUUGUGGUGUUGAUUACAGUGGCAUGCAAAGAAACCCAGGAGUCAAUACUAUCGAAGAGGAACUGCUGAAAGCACUCUGGGACGCUAAAUACAUCACAGAGGAAGAUUUCAACAACCAACAAAAUGCACAUUUUCAACGAAGCUCGCGUACAGAUAAAGGUGUCUCCGCUGCCAGACAAGUUGUAUCAUUAAAAUUACCUCUAGAAACAGACAUUGAAGAGAUUAACAAAAGACUACCAGAAUGCAUAAAAGUGUUUGGUAUAAAGAGAGUGACAAACAAAUUUAACUCCAAAGUGAAAUGCAACGCAAGGACAUACAGUUACACACUCCCCACGUACGUCUUUGAACCAAAAGCAGUGACUGACGACCAGCGAAAAAGUUACAGGAUAUCAGCAGAUAAAUUACAACAAACCAAUGACGUGUUAGCCGUUUAUAAAGGGACAAAAAGUUACCAUAACUUCACGGAGAAAAAACACUACCAAGAUCCUUCAGCGUCUAGAUAUAUGAUGGAUUUCAGCAUAGAAAAAGUGUUUGUCGAAUCCGAUAUGGAAUUUGCAGUGCUUUUAGUAAAGGGUCAAAGUUUCAUGUUGCAUCAAAUUAGAAAGAUGGUUGGUUUGACCAUUGCGAUUGUCAGAGGGCACACAGAUAUGUCAAUAAUGGAGAAGGCUUUUGGUAAAGACAAAGUGAUUAUUCCUACUGCACCUGGGCUAGGAUUGGUGUUGGAUAUGGUCCACUACGAUAGAUAUGAUAAUAAAUUCAAAGACAGCCACGCCAGCCUUACGUGGGAAGCUGAAGAAGAAGCGGUACAGCAGUUUAGACAUGAGCACAUUUUCCCCAACAUCAUAAAGGGUGAAAUUGAAGGAAACUCAAUGGGUAUAUGGCUUGAGAAACUAAAUUUACACUCCUAUGAACCCAGUGAUGAUGUACCAGGCGAAAAAAACGACGUUGAAAAUGAGAAAGAAGCUGACGACGAUGACGACGAUCCUAAUACCAAUGACGACGUUGAUAACGACGAGGAAGUGAAAUCGGAAAGUAAAGAUGAGAUUGGAGUGUAAUUUACGAUAUGCCUAAUAAACUCUCUCAGGAUGAACGACAUAGUGUAUCUGGGUAUUGUUUAGGUUAGGUUUUGUCUGCUUGAUUUCGGUGGCUAUUUUUAUUAUUUAAAUACCUAUAUAUAAUGUCGUGAAAUAUUAAAUAAUAUUUCAAGUUACUACACUCGAAU